AUAAUUUGUCGAAGCUUAUAAAAACAUAACCAGGGAGAUGUGGCGGUCGCGUGCCGACCACACAGACCUUUCUAGUAGAUUUCUUUUUCGAUCGUUCUCCCGUUCGGUUAAAUAUCCUACAUUCUUUUUGCUUCGUGGUAGGCUGAUGAAAACCAAACAGACGGGAAUAGCUGGGCAGAUCGUCACCCGUUAUUGUUCUAAAUGGACAAAGACAAGUUUGCUGUGAGCCAUGGCCCAUGCUCCUGGUUGGAGAUGCACCAGUUCAUUGGAGACCUGAUGGUUUCUGGGGAGCCUGUAGGACUGAAAGAUGCCCCACCAGCAGCCUCAGCACAGCCCAGACAGACCCAUGCCCACGAAGAGAGCUGCAGAGAAGCCCGAGACGGAGACAGCUGUGGACCACAGGCCCAGCACUCCACCUGCACUUGCCCUGGCUGCCCUUACUCGUUUUCUCCUACCUUUGUCCAGACCUUAAAGCCCAGAGAGACUGUGUCCUCACAGCUCCAGGCCAGCCAGCCCCAGAGACAAGACAAAGAGACUAGUACCCAUAGCCCCAGCCCCGCUCCAACUAGUCAAACGAGCCAGGGUCCUUCAUCAACAAACCCCCUGCCGCACAUUCCCACCUUUCCUUGUCUCUGCUGCCACCGGGGGCUCCAGGCCUGUGCCCAGCUCCUGCACCACAAACAGGGGGCUGCCGACUUCCCCUUUUCGCACGCACACACUCACGCCUACCACCACCGCUGCCCCCUGACCUCCUGCCUGCCCCACCAUCACCACCACUCCCACGCUGGCCAAUCCCCUGCCACCCUGCCUUGCCUUCCCUGCCAGUGUUCCUUUCCCUCCUGCUCCCAGUUACUCCGUCACCAGCAGAGCCACGCCAACCCCCAGUCCCAGGACGGAGGGGUGACCACUGUGUCCCCGGCGCAACACCCGUGCAUGCACUGCUCCGCCUCCUUCCCCCGGCCCUCACAGCUCCUGCAGCACCAGCGCGCCCAGCACGCCCACAAGGCCGGCGGCUUCCUGUGCACCGAGUGCGGUCGUGUCUUCAACUCCCACUCCAACCUCCGCAUCCAUCUCAACGUGCACACGGGUGCGCGGCCCUACGCCUGUCCCGACUGCGGCAAAAGCUUCAGCCAGUCGGGAGCGUUGAAGAUCCACCGCCGCAUCCACACCGGCGAGAGGCCUUAUGCCUGCCCCUACUGUGGGAGGGGCUUCCCUCACCUGGCAGGGGUCCGGGCCCAUCAGAGGACCCACACAGGGGAGAAACCCUUCUGUUGCACCCAGUGUGGGAAGUGCUUCACGCAGUCGGGGGCGCUGAAGAUCCACACCAGGAUCCACACCGGGGAGCGACCUUUCCUGUGCAGCCUCUGUGGGAAGGGUUUCUCAAACCGCUCCGGCAUUCGCUUCCACCAGCGCACGGUCCAUGGGACGAUGUCGGAGAUGCGCGGAGUUGGUGGAGCCGGUGGGGCCCAUAAGGGAAGACCGGGUCUCAGCACCUCCACUGGUCCCAUGGGACACGCCGGUGCUGUUCCAACCGGGAUGAGCCGUAACCGCCACACUCAUGUGAGCUCCAGCACCUCUGCCCCUGUCAAAGUCCUCCCCCUUGGGUCGCUGUUUGCGCCUUCAGAACAAGGUCUGACUGUAAGCCCAGACACGGAGCCCCAGUCCCAGUCCAGCAGACUCCAGACCCCCUCCAGGAGACCAGAGCCAGGGAGUAGCAGGGAGAAAAGGGCUCUGCUGUACAUCUGUGAGGACUGUGGGCAGCGUUUUGGAGAUGCUCCUUCCAGAAACAGACACCAGUCUCUGAUGCACUACUCUACAGAGGUGGGGGGGGAGGCGGGGGACUCUGGUGAGGAGACACAAAGAGAUGGGUGAAGGAGAGAUGGAUGAUGGUAGCUUGACGCACUCCAUUGUUGGAUAAAGGGCAGACAGAGAUUUGGGAAAAUGGAAUGGAGAAAAGAGUGACAGACUCUUACAUUACCUUUUUUCUUUCCUUGCCAUUCACCAUGUAGUAAUUUAGCAGAGGGUCUUAUCAAGAGCAACUUACAGCAAUUAAAGGUAACUGUCCUGCUCAAGGACAGAAUGAAAGACUUUUCACUUUACUAGCUUGGGGAUUUAAUUCAGCAACCUUUCAGUUACUUGUUCGAAGCUCCAACCUCUAGACCAUCCUCAAAGGUGUAGUAAAGGAAGAUCAGAGAAUAGAAAGGGAAAAUACAAUGGAAGUGUCUCCAUCGGUAUGAUAUUUCAAUAAUAUUUUAGAAAUGAUUGUGUAUUUGCACUUCAAAUAUAAUCCAGGCUUUGGGCAUCCUUUUGCUGCAGUUCUCGGUUACUGGAAGUACAUGUUUUCUUUACCAUCUUAUUCAGAGCCUUAAUUGUUUGAAAUCCAUCAAAUCUGGUUUAGUAAUAUACACAAAACACACCAGAUAAUGUCAUUUUGAUUGUGUGAAAUUGUGCAUUACAGGUAAAGCGUUAAAAGACGAUAUGCUGUGCACUAAGUGGGUGAGGAAGCAACUCAUUAUCCGCCAUUUGUAAAUUAAAUCUAUAGACAGUUGAUCCAAUGUGGCUGAGUAUUCCGAGUGACACAAGUGAUUAUUCACGAUUCAAGGUGCUGUUUUUUUCCAUAUAGUUUUCAAAAUCCAGACAAUAUGAAGUUUGUUGACUACACUGCCACAUGACUUAAGGCUUGAUUAGGCCAUACAAAAAAUACAGCUGUUAGAAAUGCAAAGUUUUGCAACCAUAAAUUACAAUUUCUCUUGGCGUUAUACUUCUUUCAGGAUUAGGAACCAUGUAACAUUAAGUGGACAAAAGGUUCAUACAUGGCUCUGAUUUACUAAAUACCUUGUUAUAAUUGGA